AUGUUUCUGCUAGCAACAUUGAUCCUAGCCAUCGUGUCUGGCACUCCCUUCGUCAAAGCAAACCCUCUAUCAAGACCACCCAAAUUCGAGUGGUCAUCAACCAAGGCCCUAAUUGCCUUCGGUGACUCCUACACUUAUGUCCAGGGAACCCACGGGCACCAAAAUUUUAGUUUCAUUGGAGACCGAUUCAACCUUGCCUAUGAUGCCGAAACUCUGCUUUCCAACAAGAUAGUACAGAACCAAACCGCAACCGCAGAAGGUGGCCCUAACUGGGUCCAAUAUCUCACACACUGUGGCAUUCACAAAGGCCUCACCUCACCACAGCGCUGCAAAAAACAACUCUGGGAUUUUGCAUUCGCAGGUGCCGACAUAUCAACCGAAUACACACCCCUUCAUCACAACUUCACAGUCUCCCUAGUAGACCAAAUAAACCAAUUCAAACAAUACGGCCACCCAGCCCUCCAACGCGACCUGCCAGCAUUCAAGCAAGACCAAACCCUGAUCGCCCUCUGGAUCGGCAUCAACGACAUCAACGACAGUGCCAAAUACGGCGUCGAUUUUCCAACUUUCUAUCAAAACCUCACAGACAUACUCUUCGAAUCUGUAGAGACCCUCUACAGCCUGGGCUAUAGAAGCUAUCUCUUCAUGAACCUCCCUCCUCUAGACCGCACGCCAGGGAACCAAGCAAAGAACAACCCAAGUCCGAACGCCACACAGGUUGGGUGGUAUAAUGCCGCACUGGCGGAUCAUGCGGCUGCAUUUGCGGAAGAGCAUAAGGAAGCGCAGGUUAUGCUUUUUGACGCCCAUGCGAGGCUAACGGCUAUGCUUGAUGAGCCCUAUAAGUAUGGCAUCGUGAAUACGACGAACUUCUGUGCUGGGUAUGAUCAGCCGGAUAUUUCGGUUGAGUAUGAGAAGUACGGAUGCCCGACGCCGCUGAAGCGGUAUUUCUGGUUCAAUGCAGGUCAUAUGACUAGCCAUGUACAUGAAGUUUUGGCAGCCGAGGUGGAAAGGUUGUUGUUACAGGCAUAG